AUGAAACAAAAACUGGAUAUAGUGAACGUUGAAAAGAGACAGCAGCGCGUGGUGGAUGUUGAAGAAGCUUUAACUCUCACAGGCUUUGGAAAAUAUAAUUUUGGUCUACUCCUGGUAUGCAGCUGGACAUUACAAGCCAUGGGGAUGGACCUUUUCGGGACCAGCUUCGUAGUGGCUGCAGCCGUGUGUGACCUUGAGCUGACGAUGCAACAGCGAGCUCUAUUGACUGCCAUGCCUCUCGUCGGAGUGGUGGCCGGAGCUCAGUUAUGGGGCUACAUUUCGGACACGAAGGGCCGACGGCUGACACUAGUGCUGUCUAUGUCUGUUGGCUUUAUAUUUGCUGCCCUCAGCAGCUUCGCGCCCGAUUGGAGGACCAUGGCUGUACUCAAACUGAUUUCGUCUACUUUUACUUCAGCGAGUAAUUCUGGCGUAUACACUUUACUGGGAGAGAGUUGCUCGGCGCGAGCGCGCGGCCGUUCUAUGUUGCUAUGCAACUGCUCACUUAUGUGUUCACAGGCCGCUGUAGCUGUAUUCGCAUACCCCAUUCUCCCAUUGGAAUUUUCGUAUCGGAUCGAUUUCCUAAACAUAUACUAUCAUCCGUGGCGUCUGCUGGCUCUGGUAAUGGCAAUACCGUGUGCCGCUACGGCUUGUCUUCUCCAACUAUUCUACGAGAGCCCCAAAUUUCUCGCGACACAUGGAAAAUAUGAAGAAGCCCUCAAUGUACUCAAGAAUAUCUACGCUUGCAAUACCGGGAAGAGCGGAGAAGAUUUUCCGGUAACAAAACUAUUGGAGGAGAAAGAAAAGACUUCGAUUGUUCAAGGGUCAUUCCUGAAAUCCCUGUGGCAUCAAACCGUUCCAUUAUUCCAAGCACCUUUGUUAAAAAACACCAUAAAACUUUUCUAUUUGGUCGCCAUCAUAUACAUGACAGGAAGCGGUUUCAUCCUUUGGCUUCCGUAUAUUAUGAAUAAUCUUUUCUCGGCGUUGGGGACUGGGGGUGGGGAUGGUAUGAACCUUUGCUCCAUCAUCAGAUAUUCCACUGAAGAUCAAUAUGUUACAAAUGGAAAUGAAACUAUGAUUACAGAUGUAUGCGAUGACACGAUACAAGACACGACUCUACUGUCAGCUAUGACCUAUGGAGCCCUCGCCAGCUCCAGCAAUCUGGUGCUGUCCCUGACUUGUGGCAGCAGGAAGCGCACGGCAAUGAUGGCCAUCCUGGCCACCUCAGCAUCAGCAGCUGUACUCCUCAACCUGGUUGCUGUACCAAUCGCUGGAGGGAUAUUCUUCUUCUUCUUCAUUCUGUGUGCACUCAGUAUGGGGAUCUUGAGCGUCUAUUUCGUGGAGCUAUAUCCUACUUCGUUAAGAGGGAUGGUAUCAUGCCUUUCAGUCAUGCUGGGCAGAUCGAGUGCAUUCAUUGGCGUCAAUGCAAUUGGAUAUCUCAUAUCGGCCAACUGCGAACUCACUUUUUACAUGUGGUCGCUACUUUUACUCAGCGCUAUAACAGUCACGUGGUUUCUACCAAGAGAUCCGGUUGAAGAUAAAUAA